GCGCCCCUAUGUUUAGGCGCCGGCGGCGGCGGCGGGGCUCGAACUCCGGGCGCACCUCGCUCCGCGCGGCUGCCGGGGCCAUGAGCAGCUACCCGCGCUCCCGGCCGAUGGGCUUCAGCAGCCGCUCCCAGGGCUCGCUGCCCAGCCGCGGCUCCCCGUACCGGGCCGGCUCGGGCUUCCAGCCGGGGCUCCGCAGCUCCCCCAGCCUGAGCCGCCUCGGCCCCAGCGGCCUGUCCAGCUCCUUCCUGCUCGCCUCGCUGCCCAGCCUGGAGAUCGACCCGGCGCUGCACCAGAUCCGCAGCGAGGAGAAGGAGCAGAUCAAGGGGCUCAACAACCAGUUCGUCUCCUUCAUCGACAAGGUCCGUAACCUCGAGCAGCAGAACAAAGUGCUGGAGACGCAGCUGAAGCUGCUGAAGGACAAGGACCAGUACAAGUCCAAGCUGGGGCAGAUCAUGGCGCGCUCCAGCCAGUCCCUGAAGCAGCAGAUCGAGACGCUGAGCCAGGACAAAGGGAAGCUGCGGGCGGAGCUGGACCACAUGCAGGCGCUGGUGGAGGAGCUGAAGGGCAGGUACGAGGAUGAGAUCAACCGGCGGAACCAACUGGAGAACGAAUUCGUUGUGAUGAAGGAGGAUCUCGAUGACCUGUAUCUUCAGAAGGUGGAUAUCGAAUCGAAGCUGGAGAGUAUCACGGACGAAAUCAACUACCUCAAGCAGCUGUAUGAUGAGGAGAUCCGGGAGCUGCAGUCCCAGAUCCAGAACACCCAGGUGACGGUGGAGAUGGAUAACAGCCGGGAGCUGGAGAUGAAGCAGAUCGUAGACGAGGUGAAGGCCCAGUACCAGGCCAUGGCAGCCAAGAGCCGCGAGGAGGCCGAACAGUGGUACAAGCACAAGUUCGACGACAUGGCGACCCAGGCCCGGAAGCACAACGACGAGAUGAAAAGCAUCAAGGAUGAGAUGGCGGAGCUGAGCCGCUACGCCCAGAGGAUCAAUGCUGACAUCGAGGCCCUGAAGAACCAGCGAGCCCACCUGGAGAGUGCCAUCGUGCUCGCGGAGGAGCAGGGCGAGCAGGCCGUGCGCAGCGCCAAGGACACGGUGCACGAGCUGGAGGAGGCGCUGAAGGGGGCCAAGCAGGACAUGGCGCGCAAGGUGCGCGAGUACCAGCAGCUGAUGAAUAUCAAGCUGGCCCUGGACAUGGAGAUCGCCACCUACCGCAAGCUUCUGGAGGGCGAGGAGAACCGGAUGAUCAGCCAAGGCCCGAACCUGCAUUUCAGCACCAUGGACAAACUGAAGUUCUAAACCACCCCCAACCCCUUCCUGACUUGCUUACGCAGCUGGACUCCUGUCUCCCCGAGUGGCGCUCCCCUCCCCGGGCAGGGCUGCCACGCCGCCGGGGCCCGAGCCAGCCUCCUCACCCAAGAGGCCGAUCCUGAUCAAGACCAUCGAGACCAAGGAUGGGAAGGUGCUCUCGGAGUCCAGCCACUUCUCAGAAAACUAGCCCAGCCACGAAUCAGCGGAGCUGGAUUUAAACCUGUGUAAUGUCAUGACUGGAAGUGCUUGCGGCCCAAUUCUGCCCUGGGUUACAAUGAAGUCACUGAGGGCAGAAUUGGGCCAGGAGAUUGUAAGCUCCAUGGGCAGGGACCUGUUCUAAUGAUGCAUUUGCAAAGCAUUCUGCACCUCUACGGUGCUAGGGAACCCACAGAGCUGUCAGCGUUUGCCGGCAGGCUCCAGGGUUUUCUGACUAACACCUUGACCUCGUUAGCAGGGAAAACAAGAGUUAAAUGGGUGCUGGUUUGCUGAGCAGCUGGCUGUUAACCCACUUAAUAUAAGGGAGGUGGGAACAGUUGGGGGUGGGAAUUGGGACAGGCACGACUCUGUCCUAAUGAAUCUGACUUAGGAAGCAGACUAGUUCUGAGCUAAUAGUGCAGAUCCUAGGACGGGUUGGAUGUUUCCUUAUGAGAUUUUUAUCCUGCUGCAGCCAAGAGGGCAAAUUCUGCAACUGCCAGGGCUGGGCAAGCAGCAGCCCCUUACCCUUCAAAUAAGAAAUAACUCUGGGAUAGGCUGGCUUCUCUGGCGCUCAUUGGAAUAUGCAUUCCAUAUUAUUUCUGCAUUGAAACCUGGCUCAAGGGAUGGGCAAAAAUUGCUUGCAAGGUGCCAGAUGCUGCGGGGAAGAGAAGCUGAGCUGAACAGAGUAACUGAGGUGGCCUAGUAAAUAUGACACACAUUGUCCAGGAGGGCAUAUGCUAGAGCAGUGGCUCUCCAGCAGGGGUCUGGGGGGUCCUGGGGGGCCACGAGCAGGUUUGAGGGGGGGUUCCAAGCAGCACUGGCAUUAGACUUGCUGGGGCCAGAGGAGAAAGCUGAAACUGCGCCACCUGGGUCUGAAGCCUGGGGCCCUGAGUCCUGCCACCCAGCGCUGAAACCAAAGCCUGAGCAACUUAGCUACACGGGGCCCCCUGUAGCAUGGAGCAUCAGGCAAUUGCCCUGUUUGCUACCCCCUAACGCCGCCCCUGGCUUUUAUAUGCAGAAACCCAGCUGUUGUGCCACAGGGGGCCGUGGAGUUUUUAUAGCAUGUUGGGGGGGCUCAGAAAGAAAAAUGUCGAGAACCGCUGGGCUAGAGUAAUCUCUUCGGCUAGGUCUCCUGCAUGGGUUUUGUUGUUCAGGUCGUUGCUCUGUCACUAAUUUCGACAAAUCACUGCUUUUCUCUGUAUGUCAAUUCCCCAUGUGUCCCAGGGGUGUGGUGCGGGGAGGAGCUCGCUCACCCAGCUGAGUGGGGGGGGGGAAGGGGGUGUCACCGAAUAUCCCUGCCCCGGGGAGUUUACACUUUUUGUCAGGCACACCUGAUACUUUGCACACUUUAAUUUUCUCCAUGGAUCUCGACCAUCUCCCUGCUCAUGUGUGUCUGUGUAAUUUUGGCCCCCGGUGCUCCUGGCGGGCUCAGCUCCCUGGAAGGAAGGGGGCUAGUAAAGAGGCACUUGUAACCA